AUGGCGGUGGGCAAUUUUUUUUCCCAACACGCAAUUGCUAUUCUAGCUCUUGUGUUUGAGCAGCUGCAGAAGAAUGUCUUUCUUCUUCCUCUUAUCGAACUUUCUGCUUUCAUUCUGUUUUCUCUUACUAAAUCAUCGUCCAAUGGCGAUGAGAAACGCAAACUCAAGUUACCACCUUCCCCACCAAGGUUGCCAUUGAUUGGAAACCUUCACCAGUUAGGCACAUUCCCACACCAAUCUCUCCAUGCUCUCUCGAAAAAGUAUGGCGAUUUAAUGCUAGUGCACUUUGGGAAAGUUCCGACUUUGAUCGUUUCAUCUGCAGAGAUGGCCAAGGAGGUGAUGAAGACGCAGGACAUUGCUUUCUGUAGCCGGCCAAAAGCCACUGCUUCGGGAAUAUUGUUCUAUGACGGUCAUGAUGUUGCGUUUGCUCCUUACGGAGAGUACUGGAGGCAAGUUCGGAAAAUAUGUGUUCUUGAGCUUCUGAGUCUUAAGAGGGUGUCACAGUUUCAGUACGCAAGGGUGGAAGAGGUUUCGGAGUUGGUCGAGAAGAUUCGCAAAGCGUCGAGCCUCAAUGGCGGGGGUCCUAUUGUCCUGAGUGAUCUGCUGGUGGCAACCUCCAACAACAUUAUCUGCAGGUGUAUUCUCGGACAGAAGUUUGAGGGCGAGGAGAACAAGUGGUUUGGAGAGGUGACAAAAGAUUUGAUGUGCCAACUCAUGAGUUUCAGUUUUACGGAUUACUUUGGUCCGAGGAUGAAUUGGCUCGACCGUGCUAGAGGCCACAUUAAACAUUUGACAUCGAUUUGGUCCGAGUUUGACAAGUUUUUCGACAAGUUGAUUGCUGAACAUCAGGCGGCAGAGAAAGAAGGCAAGCCUCGCAAGAAGGAUUUCGUGGAUGUUCUCCUCCAAGUUCAAAAGGAGGGCAAUGACUUUGAGCUCAAAAGUGACCACCUCAAAGCACUUCUGCAGGACAUGUUUGUUGGAGGAAGUGAUACUAGUUGGACUGCCAUGAUAUGGUUGAUGACAGAGCUUGCGAAAAAUCCACGCGUGAUGAAGAAAGUCCAGGAAGAGGUAAGAAGGGUGGUGGGGAACAAGGGAUUUGUAGAUGAGAAUGUUGACAUCCCCCAAAUGGCCUACAUGAUAUGUUGCAUCAAAGAAAAUAUGAGAGUUCAUCCUCCGGCGCCUCUUUUAGUUCCUCGCGAAACAAGUACAGACGUGAAAUUGCGAGGCUACAACAUCCCUGCGAAAACACGAGUGUUUGUGAGCGCAUACUCAGUACAAAGGGACCCCAAAGUCUGGGACAACCCCGAUGAGUUUUACCCUGAGAGGUUCGAGGAGAAGUCUGUUGGUUUUGUAGGUCAGGAGUUUGAACUCAUCCCAUUCGGUGCUGGGAGAAGGGUGUGCCCUGGACUCGGCUUUGGGGUUGCUUCUGCCGAAUAUGUGCUUUCCAACCUUCUGUAUUGGUUUGAUUGGAAACUGCCCAGUGGUGGUAAGGAAUUGGCCGAGACCAUGGACACCGAUGAAGUUUACGGACUCACAGUCCACAAGAAAGCUCCUCUUAACCUUAUCCCGGUCCCAUACAACCCUUGAUCCCUCCAUCGAGAUCUGUCGUUCUUAUAUAUGCUUUUUAUUAAUUUUGUUGGUUGUUUCUGUUGCACCUAAAUUUGCAUUAGCAAUUCUGCAAUUGACAAUGUUGUAAUCCUCUAUGGGACGUCAUGUCACCGUGUAGAAAUUGUAGCAGAAACAUUGUUUUUUUAUAAUAAUACGUAUUUCAGAUGUCGUAAUUCACUUUUAAUAUUUGACAAUUA